AUGACAUGCGCCCGCCCCCGUUCGUAUAUUUCUGCAUUUUAUAGCCGCUUUCGCCUGCUGCUGGCCCGUCCGACUCCCUCUAUUAUUCGUCGCGGGGCUUCUGUCGCAACCAUGGCCACCGAUGCCACCCCGCGCAAGUCGAUGCCGUCUGCGCUGACGUUUGAUCUUCACGCGAAAUGCUCUACUACCAAAGCACGCGCCAGCACCCUCCGUCUUCCCCAUGGCGAGGUCCCUCUACCGAUAUUCAUGCCCGUGGCCACGCAGGCUUCCCUGAAGGGACUUACGUACGACCAGCUCCGACAAACGGGUUGCAUGCUAUGUCUGAACAACACAUAUCACCUGGGGCUGAAGCCUGGUCAGGCGGUGCUGGACAAGGUCGGGGGCGCGCACAAGUUGCAGGGCUGGGAUCGAAAUAUUUUGACCGAUAGUGGGGGGUUCCAAAUGGUCUCUUUGCUUAAAUUGGCCAACGUCACGGAGGAGGGCGUGCGGUUCCUUAGUCCACAUGACGGUUCUCCCAUGUUGCUGACGCCGGAACACUCAAUCUCGUUACAAAAUUCCAUUGGCUCCGAUAUCAUCAUGCAGCUCGACGACGUGAUCGCGACCACCUCGCCCGAUCAUGCUAGGAUACACGAGGCUAUGGAACGGUCAGUCCGCUGGUUGGACCGCUGCAUCGAUGCGCACAAACAUCCCGAGACGCAGAACCUGUUUUGUAUCAUCCAGGGAGGUCUGGAUCUCGAGCUGCGCAAGAUCUGUUGCAAGGAGAUGGUGGCGCGAGAUACUCCUGGGAUUGCUAUUGGCGGUUUGUCUGGAGGAGAGGCCAAGGAGGAGUUCUGCAAGGUAGUCGACACAUGCACGGACCUCCUGCCGGAGAAGAAGCCGAGAUAUGUCAUGGGCGUGGGGUACCCUGAGGAUCUGGUCGUUGCGGUGGCUCUAGGAGCCGAUAUGUUUGACUGUGUGUGGCCGACACGUACAGCACGAUUCGGAAACGCCGUCGUCUCCUCCGGAAAUCUCAACCUCCGCAACCAAGCCUUUGCAGAAGACUUUGGGCCUGUGGAAGAAGGGUGCACAUGCGCCACCUGCCGGCCCAAGUCAGAAGGCGGCCUGGGGAUUAGCAGAGCUUACCUCCAUCACCUGGCUGCCAAGGAGACUGUUGGGGCUCACCUAGAAGAAAAGAAAAUGUCCCCCUCCGCCACCAACCCCUCCAACCCUCCCCAUGACCCCUCCCACGAAGAACACCAAUACCUGAACCUCAUCCGCGACAUCCUCUCGCAAGGCGAACACCGCGCCGACCGCACCGGCACAGGCACACAGUCGAUCUUCGCCCCGCCCCAACUCCGCUUCUCCCUCUCCAAGCCCAACCCCGCCGACCCCGCGUCCCCAAUCCCGGUCCUUCCCCUCCUCACCACCAAGCGCGUCUUCCUGCGCGCCGUGCUCUCCGAACUCCUCUGGUUCAUCUCCGGCAACACCUCCUCGCAGCCGCUCUCCGAAAAGGGUAUCAAGAUCUGGGACGGCAACGGCAGCCGCGAGUACCUCGAUAGCGUGGGGCUGUCGCACCGCGAGCCGGGCGAUCUCGGCCCCGUCUACGGGUUCCAGUGGCGGCAUUUUGGGGCCGAGUAUGUUGAUGCCCGCGCGGAUUAUACCGGCCAGGGCGUCGAUCAGCUGGCGGAGGUGGUGCGCAAGCUGAAGCAGAAUCCGUUUGACCGCCGCAUUAUCCUGUCGGCGUGGAACCCCGCCGAUAUGAAGAAGAUGGCGCUCCCGCCUUGCCACAUGUUUGCGCAGUUCUACGUCUCGUUUAAGCGCGGUGGCGAUAAGGGCGAGUUGUCGUGUUUGCUGUACCAGCGGAGUGCGGAUAUGGGUCUUGGUGUGCCGUUUAAUAUUGCGAGUUAUGCGCUACUGACGCAUAUGCUGGCCCACGCGGCGGAUUUGUUGCCUGGUACGUUGGUGCAUACCAUUGGCGAUGCCCAUGUCUAUGUGGAUCAUAUUGAGGCUGUGCGGGAGCAGCUUGAGAGGGAGCCGACUGCUUUUCCCGAGUUGAGGAUUAAGAGGGAUGAUCGUGGGAGUGAGGUGAUCGAUGGGUGGAAGGAGGAGGAGUUUGAGGUGCUGGGGUAUCAGCCGCAUAAGGCGAUCAAGAUGAAUAUGAGUGUUUAG